AUGCUUGUCGUCCUCUUGUCGCUGCAAGGGAACGCCGGUAGCCAAGACUUGCAGAUAGGACGACAUAUUGGAUGGCGUUACCACUGCAUGCUUACUUUCUUUGAAGUAGGAUCUGACUCAACCCAGGAUAUGAAUACCGCAGACAGUCCAAGCAGUGGGCUGCCUCAAUCCGAAGCCGUCAGACAACCGAGCCCCGAACCUGACCCCGAAAAUGAACUGAUCAAUCAGAUGCGUGUCGAGAACCAGCGCAACCGACUGAUAAUUCUCCGACUGGGUGGUGAGAACGAGCGCAAAGAUCACUUAAUCCUCCAACAAGCCGAGGAGAUUCGCUUCAUGGCUCAAGAGAACCGCGACAAGGAUAGAACCAUCCAGCAACAGGGCGGCGCACUCGAUCGUAUCACUCGCGAAAGAGAUCGAGCUAUCUUAGAGAGCGGUCUGAUUGCCAUCGAGAAAAACGAAAUCAUAAUUGAGAAUAACCAAGCAAUCCUCGCGAAAAUCGAGGCUGUCCUCGAAAGGAAUCAGCUUGCCGAUCGGCUUCGUCUGUCAGUAGCGUUGCCCUUGCGUAAGGAGAACAUGCAGGACAACACGACGCAGGGCACUCACACGGAUGAGCGCCGCUUCUCCAUGGAAGAUGAUCCGGUGUCGAGGCUUGGGUGGCAACUACUGCAACCACCCAGCCGCACAGGCGCCACGAUUCCGUGCACGUUCGUGGGUUAUAACCCCGUGAUACAAUUUCACGUACCAGAGACAUCAGAGACGUCCGAGGAGCAGCGGCCGCCAUAG